ACCCCGAAGUCACCCAGACCCUGCCUGAGUAGUCCCGGUAGUGUUGGCGAGUGGCUGGCGAGUGCUUACGAGUGCUGGCAAGAUUGGUUAGCACUGGUCAGUGUUUAUUAACGUCAACGCUCACAGGCAGAGUCGAUUGAAGUCGAUCGCGAUCGGUUCGGUGGUACUGCCAUGGUGAAUCGUAAUAUGUCAUAUUGCGUUUUCCACGGAGGAUCAGUCGCGGCGGGUGGAUUUAACAAGUGUUUCAACACACAAGAGGAAAUUCCGAAAUUCUUCCAAUCAUGCCGAUGGAAUUUUUGGGGCGGUUACCAAUUCCGAAUCUUCGAGUGUAUGUCACCAUAAGCGUCGUCAUACUUUCCUUUUCUAUAUACUAUGCCACUCAAAUAAUCAAGGAUCCUGCUUGGAAAACGAAUCAUACGCAUGUCGAUGUCGGACUCCAUUCUGGAGGCGACAUCGAUCCGACUGAUCCGAGAAGUCUUGGCACGCAUCUUAAAGAACUCUUGGAAUGUAUGGUGAUGGAACCUGUCUGUGUUUGGACGUUAGUCAACACAGGUUACUGCAUGUUGAUUCUUCUUGGCAAAACCAUCCAAAAGCUUGUAUUUGGCGAACUGCGUGCCUCAGAGAACUAUCAUUUGAAAGACAAGUUCUGGAAUUUCCUUUUUUACAAGUUUAUCUUCGUUUUUGGAGUUUUGAAUGUACAAUACAUGGACGAAAUUGUACUCUGGUGUGUAUGGUUUUUGGCGCUUGGCUUCCUGAGUCUUCUUAGCCAACUUUGCAAAGAUCGAUUUGAAUAUCUGUCCUUUUCACCCACCACGCCAGGAUGGAGUCACGCGCGACUUCUUGUAUUGUUGACGGCAAUUCUUGUGCUAUCUUCCUUCAUGCUUUUAUUCUGCAUCGCUGCAGCUUUCUUUUUCAUAUCUUUCAAUACUUUUGCUUUUAUGGCAGCUGAGUGUAUUCUACUUGGAGUCCGUACGAUUCAUGUGAUGUUACGCUAUUUGAUUCAUCUGUAUGAUACUCGUGGCGCCGGCACUUCGACGCAACGAUCUUGGGAUAAACGUGGUCCAUUGACUUACUAUACGGAUUUGAUUUCGGAAUUAAUUGUGCUGGCAGUCGACUUUUUUCAUCAUGUUCACAUGCUUUUGUGGAGUAACAUCUUUUUGAGCAUGGCAUCGCUAGUAAUAUGUAUGCAAUUGAGAUAUCUGUUCUACGAGAUACAACGGAGAAUUACAAAACAUAGAAACUAUUUGGCUGUACUAAAUCACAUGGAGCAGAAUUAUCCAAUGGCUUCACAAGAUGAGUUAGCCGAGAACUCUGAUAACUGUGCCAUAUGUUGGGAGAAGAUGGAAAGUGCUCGUAAAUUACCCUGUACGCACUUAUUUCACAACUCGUGCUUACAAUCUUGGUUAGAACAGGACACAUCAUGUCCCACAUGUCGAUUGGGUUUGAGUAUGCAAGCGAAUCAUAGAGAGAACACUCUAGAGAUACCUCCUGAGCCACAGACUCCUACGAGAAGAAAUAGUAAUCAUUUUUUCCUCUUUCUCGAUGCAUCGAGAUACGUAUCUUGGUUGCCUAGUUUUUCCGUCGAAGUCUCGCACAACAGAUUACGUGGUAACAUAUCUACAUUUACACAUACUAAUUCCCAGAUGGACGCAAUGGCGAGACAGGUACAACUACUUUUUCCCCAUUAUCCUCGCAGUAUAAUCCUAGAAGACCUUAGAAUGACUCGAUCGGUUGAAUGGACAAUUGAGAAUAUACUUGAUGGGGUAUUAACUAUACCACACCAUUUAAUCGAAGAACCGCAAGAAGAAUCCGUCCCACAAAUGGAAACGAUCGUGACAAAUAUUAUGCCCAACUCUUCAAUCCAAAAUUCAUCGGAUCCUAGAUUCGAUAUUCCUAUUGCCGAUAGUGGAGAAGAACCUUCAAGUCUUGGUGGUCGUUUCUCGAAAUCAUCUGCUGAGAGAGAACUUAUACUUCAAAGACGAAAAGAGCAUAUGCGAUUAACAGCACGGAGAAGGUAUUUGGAAAAACAUCGGAAAUCUGAGAUUGAUUCGACAAAUUCGCAGAUAACGAAUACUGAAAAUAUUGAAAAUACUAUAUCCUAGAUAUAAGCAGAAAUAAGAUUGAUUAAUAUGAUUUUGAAUUCAAAUUACUCAGAGCUUCGUAGUUGAUAUGAAAUUGACAGGUUGUACAUUUUAUUUUUCUUUUUUUUUCCAAAUACGAAACAAGAUCGUGGAAUAUACAACGCGGUGCAUACUUUCUGUUUGAUGAUGACUGUCUGAUGACUAAUUAUUAAAUAUAGCAAGAGCUAUCGAAAAAUCUCUGUGUAUUUAAUAGUUAGUGCUUUAACCUUCUGAAAACAACAAAUUAAAGUCGCAGUCAAGAGAUUAGAUAUGACAUUUAAGAAUAUUGAGAGGUUGUGAACGAUAUACUCAUGAACGAUUAGUAUUGAACCAAUUACUCAAUGCCAUCAAGUUAUGAUGAAAGCUACAAUGAGACGAUUAAAUUAUAAUAGAAGAUAUUAAGAUUUUUACAUAAUUUAAAUAUGCUAAUGAUAAAUACCUACAGCAACAUGUAAUACACACGCGUUUUGAAAGAAAAAUUGUUAGAGAGAGAGAGAGAGAAAAUAACCUUAUUGGGUUUUGGAAAGAUCUUAAGCUGCAUUGUCGUCCACUUUCUAACGAAUUAAAAUUUUUGUUUUAAAGCUUUCUAUUUUUCUUUUAUAUUUUAC